GUCCAGUAGACCAGUCAUAAUUCAGAUGUUGAACUUCACACCCCGGAAUUAUUUAUUGGCAGUAAUUGACAGACAGCACAGUAAACAAUCACGUGGAAGGAGGCAAUAUGGCCAUAAUAGUUGAAGUUGUGAUUUGAGCCGAUCUGAGAUCUCAAUGUAUCAGAAGUUUUAGUGGUUUUGGCACUUUAUAAUCAAAAUUAUUGGCACUUGGAGUAAUCCACAGAGCUGGAUUUCAAACAUGUCAGAUCUGCACUCACCUUCGCGCCCUAAAAGGAAGAAAGUCUGGGUCGAUUACUUCAUCCAGUUUCGAUGGAUAGUUGUUAUCUUUGUCGUUCUCCCCAUCUCUUUCACUCUCUACUUCCUCACAUAUCUCGGUGAUGUUCGAUCUUCAAUGAAAUCAUAUUCAAGGCGCCAAUGGGAACACAAAGAAAAUGUCAAGAAAGUCGUGAAUCGUCUCAAACAAAGAAAGCCCAAAAAAGACGGCCUUGUGUGCACAGCCAGAAAGCCAUACAUUGCUGUUGGCAUGCGAAAUGUUGAUUACAAGCGCGCUAGGCAUUUUGAAGUCGAUCUUUCAUCUUUCAGAAAUAUUCUCGAGAUUGACAAAGAAAGGAUGAUUGCAAAAGUGGAGCCUCUUGUUAAUAUGGGACAAAUAACUCGAGCUACUGUGCCUAUGAAUCUUGCUCUUGCAGUUGUUGCAGAGUUAGAUGAUCUCACAGUAGGUGGUCUCAUCAAUGGUUAUGGAAUGGAGGGAAGCUCUCACAUUUAUGGCCUUUUCUCUGAUACAGUUGUGGCCAUGGAAGUAGUCCUUGCAGAUGGACGAGUUGUUAGGGUUACAAAGGAUAAUGAGUAUUCCGAUCUAUUCUAUGGAAUUCCAUGGUCUCAAGGAACAUUAGGUCUCCUAGUUUCUGCAGAGAUUAAGCUCAUACCCAUCAAAGAGUACUUAAAGUUAACUUAUUGGCCAGUGAGAGGGAAUUUGAAGGAAAUUGCGCAGGCCUAUGCUGAUUCUUUUGCACCAAGAGAUGGGGAUCCUGCAAAAAUCCCAGAUUUUGUCGAAGGCAUGAUCUUUAAUCCAACUGAAGCUGUUCUCAUGGUCGGAAACUACGCAUCGAAGGAAGAGGCGAAGAAAAAAGGAAAUGUCAUCAAUAAUGUAGGGUGGUGGUUUAAACCUUGGUUUUAUCAGCAUGCAGAGAGAGCACUGAAGAAGGGUGAGUUUGUUGAGUAUAUUCCUACUAGAGAGUAUUAUCACCGGCAUACGAGGUCUUUGUAUUGGGAGGGGAAGCUCAUCUUGCCAUUUGGUGAUCAGUGGUGGUUUAGAUGGUGCCUUGGGUGGAUGAUGCCACCAAAAGUUUCGUUGUUGAAAGCUACCCAAGGUGAAGCAAUUCGGAAUUAUUACCAUGACCAUCAUGUGGUCCAGGAUGUGCUGGUUCCGCUGUAUAAAGUAGGGGAUUGCCUGGAGUACCUUCAUCGUAUAAUGGAGGCACAAUGCUGUCUUCUUACACAAGCUCUAGAAAAUGGGGAGAAUCUUCAUAAAGUAUGAUUUCAAAUCAUGAGG